UCCUUAACAUCAAUUUUAUUAUUCUCUUAAAAUUAAUAGCUUGUUGUUGUUAUCAGUCAAACCAAUUUGAUGUUUUCAUCACCAGCUGCUUCUCUUUGUGAUUUAUGUGUUACUGUGUUUGCAUACAACCAGGAGUAUUUGCACCUGAGUGACCGUUAGUUUUUAUUUGUCUCUGCACUUCCCCUUUAUCCUUCCAGAGGAGGUAUAGAGUGAAUUUUCUAUUCUGAGGACGUGUUGGUAGAGGGGCACUUUGUUGUGUUCUGUCUUUCAUUCUUACUGGUCCUGCUUUGUACCAUUUUGCUGAUCCACGUUUACUUGAAAGGCACAGCUGGGCUAUAGAUUUGGCAUCUCAGUGAAUAGGGCUUUCAUAAAUGUCUCUCUGAAGCUCUGUAGCUUAUCACGAUGAUCUUACACAUGCUCUGCACCAACUGAGGUGCCUAACUUAUGGUCCAGAGUCUUCUGAAGAACCAGCUUGUGAAAGCAGGUGAGGUCCUUGGAGAGAAAACAUGCUUUGCUGAAUGUGAAUUAACUGUGGAAGAAUGAACUGUUGGAAGUGCCCACUCUGUCUGGUGACCUCAUUGGAGCCUGGAGAAUGGACAUCUCUGAGGUGCUGGAAGGGCUGAUGCAAAUCUGAACUGAUUCUGGUGUUUCCCCCUGCCCUCCAGUCCUCACAGUGUUCUUAGGCCACAGUGUUACUGGAAAGCCAAUGGAUGAACAGGACAAUGAUUUUAAGGAAUUGUGGGCAAACAUUUUGAGUAGGGCAAAGAAAAAGGCUGGGGAUGCUGAGGCAACAAAGAGAGUUCAGGACUGGCCAAAGAGCACCACAACACGAAGCAAAUUAAGAAGAGGCAAAGCUGCUGCUAAGAGCCAAACCCAUCAUCACUUACCAGCAGUGAAGGAGAUAAACUUGCCUCAAGAUUUGGGUCCGAAGGAUCAAACGUUGGUACAAGAAGAAGAUGGCGAUGCUGCAGCCUGCAGUGGUGAGACUGCACAGGGAGAUGGAGCAAGGAGCCCUCUCCCUGCCAGCCAGCUGAGCACAGAGAGCACUGAGUGUAGCCAGAGGCCUCUGACAGCAAAUCCUCUGAGUGGCUGUUCCCAGACUGCCUUACCCCUCCUUCCCGCUACUCCUCCAGGAACCUGCUCUUCACCCACCCCAAAGGUGCGGGUGGCAGAGCUGGUGGUGGAGAGAAUGCAGCAGUUCAAGAGGGUGGCACCUGAGCAGCUGAAACACAGCUUGGAUGGGAGCGUGCCAAAGGCUGCAGCCAGCGGGGAUUUCCCUGCCAGGAGCCAGGAGCAGAACCCUCCUGAGGAUGAUACCCACCAUCUCCCAUCUGUGGAACACGACAGUGCUCUGGCUUUGGCUCUUCAGCAGGAAUCCAAGGACGAAGCCCUGGCAAGCCUGGAGGAUGCAGGCUUGUUCUUCUGUCAGAUCUGCCAGAAGGAUCUCACAGCCAUGAACACGCUGCUACGGGAGCAGCACGUCAACAGGUGUCUGGAUGAGAUGGAAGAAGCACAGAUGUCAUCCUCCAGCAAACCAGUGGUCCCUGAAUGUCCCAUCUGUGGGAAGCAGUUCCAAACCUCACAGAGCCGAGUCAGUCACCUGAAGCGCUGUGCUGUGGAGAUGGAUGUGCCUCCUAAUCUGCUUCUUCAGGCAGUGCAGUUGCAGGUGGCCACGCUUGGUGAUGCAGCUCUUCAGUGUCCCAGCAAUCAGCCCAGCAGGGCAAAGCGGAAAGGCCCCUCCAAUGAGGACUUGAGGAAAACACAGAAGAGGGCCAAAAUGGAGCUUAAGGAUGAAGAUUUGCAGGUUGCCAUGGCAAUGUCACGCUCUCUGUUGGAGCAAGAAAAGCAGGAACAAGCAAAAUCAGUUACAAAUGUGAAACCGGUGGCUGCUUUCCCAAUCAAAUGGAAGCCAGGAUCAGAGAAAAAAAGGCGUAGAAAAGGUGCCAGUGCCCCUCCACCACUGCUGCUCCAGGACCCAGAGAAGGCCCACAAGAGGAUCCAGGAGCGAGUAGCUAUGAUGCUGACAGAAGAGGUGGAAUUCCCUCCCACCCCUCAGCUGCCCAUUAGUAGGAUUUUGGAAGAUGAAUCUGGAAAAGCAGCCUGGCUCAUGCCACUGUCCAAAGCCAAGGACUGCUUUUUAUGGAAGAUCAGUGCUCUGACAGGACCCUGUGACCCUGGAUCAUUCUACACUGCAGACUUAACCCCUCCAAUUGAACCCUGGAAGCCUGUGCAGAAUAAGCCAGAGAACCUCCAGCCACCACUGGGGUCUCACCAGCCAGAAGUAUCCCAGCAAACUCAGCCUGACCUCAGUUCUCAGGAACCCAUUUGCACAAAGGUUGGAGGCCAAACUUCUGAUGAAUCCAAAGCAGGCCCCAGAGGAGAUGGGCAGCUUUUAUCCCCGAGCCAGAAGGACAUUCAGACCCUGCAGGACCUUGUGGAGUUGGCCAGGGAAGGACUCACCCUUACUCAAUGGAACCUUGACACUGGCCAUGUUCAGGCAGCAGAGCAGCCAGGAGAAGAACUGACUCCCAGUGAUCCUCCACAUAGUGGCUUUGUGCCCCCAUCCAAGGAGAAGAGCCUUCUCAGGAGCAGCAGUAAAAGAUCUUCUCUCAGGUUGCUGGCUCAAGAUUUCGGUGCCAUGGUCAACAACCCCCACCUGAGUGAUGUCCAGUUCCAGGUGGACAGCGGGGACAUCCUCUAUGCCCACCUGUUCGUGUUGUACGCGCGGUGUCCGGUGGCGGCUCAGGCUGUACACAGCGAGGGGUUGGUGGUGGAGGAGGAUGGGGCUGCGCCGACGCACCGGGUGCUGCUGAGCGACGUGUCAGCCGAGGCUGUGGCUGCCUUCCUGAGGUACCUCUAUGCUGCUGACACCAACUUCCCUGCUGGGCUGCGGCCCCAGCUGCAGGCUCUGGCUGCCAGGUUUGGUGUGAGGGAACUGAUGGCAGAGUGUGAAAACAAAAAUGGAGAGAGCCAGGUGUCCUCCGGAGUGGAUUCAGAAGAUGAUCUUAUCUCUGUGAGGGAUGAAGAAGAUUGUGAGGACAGAGCUGAGAACUUCCAAGACCUCUUGAAGUCAGUGUGGGUGGGUGAAGAUGAGGAAGAAGUAGCUAUGCUGAACCCUGAGUGCCAGAAGGAAGAUGAUAGUGAGGUGGGAGAACAAGAGCUGGAGGAAAUCUAUGAGUUUGCUGCAACUCAGAGAAAGAUGGCUCAGGGUGAAAGAGAGGUGAGCAAGGCAACAUGCUGCAGCAUCAGCAGCGACACCAAGGCAGCCCAAGGUACAAACCAGCAAUCUGAGGAGGAAGAGGUAAAGAGACCUGAAUCUGCUUCAGUAAGCAACAGCCUCAAAGGUCUGAGGGAUGGCAACAGUGUGGAAAGAUCUGAAUGUCACUUGUCUGCACAAGAAGAGAAGAUGCAGAAUAUAAAUAGGUGCAAGAGCAUGAAUGAUCCAGAGGCCACUAUUGUGCCUCACCACAGUGAACCUCAGCAAUGGGAUGGAGCAGCCCAUGGUGCUAAUGAAGGAGGGGCUGUUGGGGGAUGUAAGGAUGUGAAGGAUUCCAAGUCACCUCAGGUCUCACAUGACAAGGCAGAUCACUGUGGAGAGCAGUUUCCUGGUUUCCAGGGUGAUACUGAUAUAAAUGACAGCUAUGAACGUUUGUUUUCUGCCUCUCAGGGGGAUCACUGUGAGCCUUCCCCGGUGAAAGAAGUUACCAAAGAAUCAGGAAAGUCCCCUAGUGAAAAACAUGUUGGUCUCAAUGAUUCUCUUCUGUUCAGCAAGUCACAAAAAGACUGCUCUCCGUGUAAGAAUGGUUUUUGUGUCCCUUAUGUGUCCCUUUUUCCUGCUCUUGGCUCUUUACCUGCAUCUCCAAAAUCAGAGGGAAACUUUGCCAGGGAACAUAUGUCAACACCAAAGCAAAACAAAAAGGAAAAAUCAUUCCCAUCUGAUGAAAUACACUCCCAGAAAGCCGAGGAGCCUGGUGCUGCAUCAAGAAACGAGAUCACAGUUUCUCCAGCUGAGCUUCCUCACAGCGAAUCAAACAAGCAUGCACAUGUUCCAGUGUUGUCAUCACCAGGCAGGACUCAGGAUGCUGCAGCUCAGGGGAUCAAGGAGGGUGAUGUUAUUGUUUUAUCUUCUUCUGAUGAUGAAAUGGAGUUACAACAAGGCAAGAAGUUGCCAGAAUCUGACUCUGCUCCGAAGAAAACUGAAAUCCUUGGGCUCCUGAGGUGUACAGAUGUAGAACAAAGUCCUGAGAUACCAAAACCUGACCAUAACUCAUCAGUCCCUGAAACAGAGCAGAGAUCAACCCAGGUCUCAUGUGGCAAUACAGACACAGCGUGUGUAAGUGGCGAUGUAAAGGUGUCCCCUGAAUUUCCUCACAGCAGACAAACAGGUGCUUGUACAGAAAUCAAACAGAGUCCAAACCCGAGCCCUGGGAAAAGGCUCAGUGAUGAACUGUCUCCAGGCACAGACUGCUCCUGGCUCGUGCCAGGAACACCACUUCUGAGCAAAAGCAGAAGCUUCUCAACACAGACUCAGGUCACAAGUAUUAAUUCUUUAAAGGGUCCAGAAUCUAAACUCAGCACAAAGAAUGUAGCAGCAGGUAAUAGUAACCAUGAAAUGACUGGAAAGUUAAUAAAAGAUCAUGAAACAAUGUUGUCAGACGAACAUUUGCCUAUGGAGAACUCAGCCAAUGGGAGGAGCCCACCCCACAGCCCAGCAGCAGAAUCCUUUUCCAAGAACUCCCUCCCAGUUUCUCCAGUGGAUCCAGUUCUCUUCUCCCCUGGCCACAUCAACACAGAAGACAAAUGUGCCCAUAUCUCAGGUUUACCCACACCAGUGCCUCCGUUCCAGGAGCAGCCACUGGAAGAUAAAACAAACAUCAGUGUGGUUGAGCUGGAGGACAGUGACAGGGAAGUAAGUCUGCCUUCUCUGGGGAGCAGUGUCCUGCUGUGUGAGGAGCCCCCAAUCCCUGUUGAUGACUGCUGGCAUGUUGAGUAUCUGUCACCAGUCAGAGGCGAUGGCCACGACUCUGGCCAGGUCAGCCAUGCAAAGACCAGCAUGGCCAGCAGCCCCAGCCCUGGCUCUUGGCAUGAGCAGGAGGAGAGCCCAGUCCAAGUGCAGGGAAUUAAGGGCAGCACCCCUCUCCAAGGAAGUCCUGCUUGCAGGAGAACGACUUUGCACUGCCCUGAGAAGAGUCCUAUUGAGCCAUGUUCAUCAGUGGGCAGCAGAGCCAGUUACCUGGACUCCAAAAUCUGGGAUGACUGGAAUGGAGAAGAGAAGGAAGAUGAACUUCCAGAGAUUCUUCCUCUGUCUCAGAGGUUGGCAGCUGCAGCAGGGGCCUGUCAGUCAGAUCCUGUCAAGACUCCUGAACCUUCCUGUCAAGAGAACAACAGGUCCCCCAGCACCACUCCAGUGACACCCAUGCCAGCUUAUUCCAUCAUGGAGACCCCACAGCUGAAGAAGGAGCUGAGCAGAUUUGGUGUCCGUGCUCUCCCAAAACGCCAGAUGGUGUUGAAGCUGAAGGAGAUAUUCCAGUACACUCACCAGGACAGGGACUCUGACUUUGAGGAUGAAAUCCCCUAUUCCCAGCCCCUCCCACAGAAGUCCCCGGCCAAACGGCUGACGAAGGCAGGCCAGGCUGCGGGCAGGAAUCGUUCCCCAAGGGCUCUGGGCAAGAGGAAGCAGCCUGCCAAGGCUUCUGCAGUGCUCCCUAGGGAUAAGGCUGAUGGUGCAUCCCAUGGAACAGGCUGUGGCACAUCCAAGGAGGGAACUAAAGUGCCACAUCACCCAGAAGGUGCCAAAGAGCAGGAAAGGCCACCUGUGUCCCUGGCAGCUGAUGCCGAGGAGCUCCCGGCAUCCCAGGAGUCAGCAGGUUCUUCAGUGGAUGGAAGUGACAUCUCCUUUGGUUCACAGAGUUCCUUUGUGAAUGGAUUUGAAACCUGUGCUUUUGCAUCUGAGGAGGAGGAAGAGGAGUUUCCAGCAUCUCAAGCAGCAGCUCGGGAAGAGGAAAAGCUGGAGGCAAUAAGGUGCUACAUCCGCUCCAACACGGCCCUGUACAACAGGAUUCUUUUCUAUGAGCCCAUCGAGCUGGCUGAUCUGCAUGCAGAGCUCAAACAGAAUGGCAUUAAAAUUUCCAAGGCAAAGCUGCUGAACUUUCUGGAUUCUCAGUGCAUCACAUCUACCAUGGCCAAAGCCCGGAAAGAGAAGGAACAGAAAAGGAAGGGGAGCAGAAAACAGAGAAGGCGAUACCAAGUGAAGCCCACUCCUACCCCCUGAAAAUUCGGUACAUGGAGGCCUUGCUGCCAAGCUGGAAAGUCCAUUCCCAGCUGGUGCUCCAGCAGCAGGUGAUGGAUGGAGCCCUAUUGCUCCUCAUGGCCUGAUCCCAGGUGAACAGGCCUGAGCUGCACUCCCAUUGCCAGCCCUCUGCUCCGAUUGCACAAACCCCCCAUGGCUGCCCUGCCCUCAGCACACAGCUCACCUGGAACCUCUUUCCACCUGAUUUGACUCUGGUGCCUUUUCUUUCCAUUUUUUCUGAUAGAUUUUAGGUCCCCAACUUUUCUUUGUGCUGGUGCUUCCUUCAGUGACACUUGCCAGGACCUAUUCCCUUGAUCUGGGCUGUGAAAUGCUUCACCCUUCACAUUCCAGGAUUCCAUCCACUGUCAAGCACUGCCUGUUUAGACUCCUGUGACUUCUGUAUUUACUUCUUCAGCACAGUUUGCACUGCUGAUUUUUAAGGCAGGGAAUGCUGUGGAAAUACAUAAAAGGCCUUUUUUCUAUACUUGCUUCACUUGGCAAUCUCAACUAAAACUCCUAAAUCUGUGUUUCUGAAAUGGCUGCAGAACAGGGCAGGGGUUUGUUCUGUUCCCUUUGCGACACCUGCCCAAAGCGCCCCUGACACCCGAAGCCUCAGGAAAGCCCUUUCAAUUGGAAAAUCCAGUGGGAUGUGUCCAUCUGCCCACGGGAUCUGUGUUCAAACCCCUCUGCUCCAUUUCCUGAGCACCCUUUUCCCUGCUCGGGCUGGCCUGAGUGUGUCCCCAGCAGAGAUAUCUUCAAGAAAAUAUUUAAGUGAGCACUGGAACUUUUCAGCACUUCUCACAGCUUGAGCUAAACCCACUGCUUGGAACAGUCCCGCUUCCAAACUGGACUGGUCCCAGUUGUAAAGUGUCUGGGACUCCUGGGGAAGUCUUGGACCCUAAAUUGUCAUAUUUUAUAUAUUGACUUUCACAACAACAACUGACUUUUGUCUGUUCUGGCAGUUCUGAGUGUGCAAAGGCUCACUGAACAAAAUGGACACAACACAAAAAGAGGGCAGAUUUCUGAUAUCUUCAUGUAUGUGGGACAUACAAUUUUUUUAUACAGUAUUUGUUUUUGAUUUGAUACAAUAAACAAUUUAAAUCCUG